AUGACGACGAGCUUACCACCUUCGCUCAACGCGGACUCGGUCCUCGAUCUGGAAAAAGAAACAUCGAUCAUUGAUCAGGAUCCAAGUCGACACCACCACCUUCCGGUGCCGUCCUUCGCUUUUGUCCGCGCCGCCAAUGGCAAAUUCACCCUCUGCAACCCGCAGCGCAUUCGCAGUAUCCCGCCUCUGAUUAUCGGGUUCUUGGACCUGGCCAAUUCGGGCGACUUCGCUGCGAAUGUCUUCAAUCGCGUGCCAGUUCCUGUCUAUGCAAUUGUCCUUAUGGUCAUCGGCGCUACAAUCGCGCUAACCAUGUCUUUCGUCGCCCUUCGUGAUAUCACGUGCAGCUGGAAGAACAUCAGACUCCUGAGGGAGGAGAGAGCACUUCUGAAAUCCGUGGCCGGCGACAAGUCGGUCGAGCUAGAAGUCAAUCACCGAGAUCUGGGAACUGAGAUCUUCGAUCGCGCCGGCGUCGACAUAGCCAUGGGUAUUGGGGCUUUCCUUAUUGCCGUCGGAACUUACAUGGCUCCUGGAGGUGCAAAUCACAAAGUCUGGUUCGCAAGUAACUUACUAUCUGGCUAUAUUGGCAAUUCUUUGCCUGGUCUGUACGGCCUCUGCAAUGUCGGCUGGUCUGUUCAUGUCUGGACACGCGCUCACAAACAAGGUUGCGGUGCAUCCAAACAUCUCCGUGAUGAUAUCGCAAACCAACUCUUGUCAAGUCGCAUACGCAAGACUCAAGGACAUGCCAUUCUCACCGCGAUUGUCUGUCUCGUGUCUGGUGCCUUGUCCAUGGUCACUCCAACUCACUGGUGGCCAUACCCUGUUCUCCUCGUUUGUGGUCUGACCUUUGUCUACGGCACUUGGGUGUACCGCACCCAGAUCGGCUACGAACGUCGGCUUCUCAAGGAGGACACUGUUCUUGACGAGGUCUCCCUGAUUGCAGAACUUCGCUUUCUCCAUUCUGUCCGGGCAAGCUUUCAGAAUAGCUCCGGUGUCUGGCUGGAUCUUGGCUUGGCAGAUAUGUCAAUAUCUGAUAUACUCUCUUUUCUUGUCAGAUGCGAUCUCUUCGAAUCAUUUUGCUGCGCCUUGCUGAACGAUUCGAACUUUGUCAAACAACACUUCCAAGACUUGUCAAUGCCGGUAACAACGAUGGACCAGCAGACUCUUUCGAACCUGGACAGGCCAGAACAGAUCGCUGAAAUCCUGAGCUCUGCACGAUCUCAGAUUGAACACUAUGGUUUGCAGAGUGUCAGCGUCCGUGAGCGCUAUUUGCUGGAGUGUCUGGGCGCUUGCUUACUGCAUCGAAAAGGCGAAGACAAAGAUGGCUGA